UAUUCUCUCGCCUAAGGUCUUCGUCGAAUAGACUUGCGCGCCUUCUUGGCAAACAACAUCCCCCAAGGGCGGAAGACCGGCAAGAAAAUGCGGAAUUUCAAUACUCACGCAAUCUGAGUUUUGCGGGGAGAGCUGAACAUACUGGGUUAACUGCAGCUCAACGUGUAUAAAAAUGACCCGACUACCUUACAAAAUGUAACUGUAACCCUACCAUCACUCCAUCUCCCCAGGAGACAAACAACUACGCCUGUAAGCCAUGUCUACAGACCUCGAAAAAGUAGACGAUUGCACAAUAGAAGACAUCAAUUCCCCCUCGGAGACACCAGACAGAUCCGACCGCGAUGCCGAGAAACGACUUCUCCGCAAAUGUGACCUCCACGUUGUCCCUAUCCUCACUCUCCUAUUCAUGUUCGCCUUCCUGGACCGUAUCAACAUCGGCAAUGCACGGCUGAUGGGUCUGGAAGAUGACCUGGGCAUGAGCGGGCAUCAGUAUAAUAUCGCGCUGUUUGUGUUCUUCAUUCCGUAUAUUCUGUUUGAGGUGCCAAGUAAUAUGAUCCUGAAGAAGGUGAAGCCAUCAUGGUGGUUGAGUGGGAUCAUGUUUGCCUGGGGUUCGUUCAUUUCAUUGACUUUGCAUUCCUCCCCGGUCUUGAAAGGAUUGAGAGCUCUACCUGAACGUUUCAAUGCUGAUUUUCGGUAUAAAGGUACCAUCACUAUCUGUCAGGGUGUCACGGCCAGCUUUAGUGGCUUAGUAGUCUGUCGGGUCCUGAUAGGACUCUUUGAGUCUGGCUUCAUGCCUGGCGCGGUUUACCUAAUAAACAUGUACUAUCGCCGUCACGAACUCCAAUGGCGACUCAACCUUUUCUUUAGCGCCAGCAUUAUCGCCGGUGCGGUCAGUGGUCUCCUCGCCUACGCCAUCAACAACAUGUCCGGAAUAGCCGGGUACGAAGGCUGGCGCUGGAUCUUCAUCAUCGAAGGCCUAGCCACAGUAGUGAUAGCAGCGAUAUCCAAGUUCCUCAUCGUGGACUGGCCUGAAUCGGCUAAAUUCCUGAAUGAUGAUGAGCGAGCCUUACUUCUCGCCCGCCUGAAAGAAGACCAGGGCGAAGCGCGAAUGAACCGAUUCGAUAAGAAGUCGAUGCGGCGAACAUUCUCGGAUCCGAAGAUUUACCUUGGACCGAUAAUGUACUUUGGCAUUGUAAAUACAGGCUACGCCGUCUCCUUCUUCACCCCCACAAUCCUCCAUCAACUCGGCUGGACGGCAGUCCGCGCCCAAGUCAUGAGCAUCCCAGUGUACGUCGUAGCAACCAUCACCACGCUCUCCGCUGCCCUCCUCAGUGACCUCCUCCGCCACCGCUACCUCUUCACUCUCACCGGCUGCCUGAUAGCAACCAUGGGCUACGUAAUCCUGCUGGCGCAAUCCACCGUCCCGGUCGGCGCGCGCUACUUCGCCAUCUUCGCCGUCACCAGCGGCGGGUAUCUGACGCAGCCGAUUCUCAUGGGCUGGCUAAGCAACAACAUGGCGGGCCAUUACAAACAAAGCAUCGCGUCGGCCAUGCAGAUCGGGUUCGGAAAUUGCGGCGGGCUGGUCGCCAGUAAUAUCUUCUUUGAGGAGGAGGCACCGGGGUAUCGCACGGGGUAUGGGGUUAGUUUGGGCAUGACGUGGAUUUGCGGGAUUGCUUGUGUACUGUUUUUGGGAUAUUUGAUCAGGGAAAACCGGGUGAGGGGAAGGGGUGGGAGGGAUUAUCGGUAUCAGUUGCCCAGGGAGGAAUUGGAGAAUUUGGGGGAUGACUAUCCUGGAUUUACGUUUACUUAUUGAGUUAACAUGAGAAUAGUGAGUCGUAGUUUCUAUAGAAUAUAGGAAUUUGUUGUGUGUCGGUUCUUGGGUGACUCUUUUCCCUUCUGCCCGCCUCCUCCCAGAACAAAACUCAGGCAACACAUCCAUAAAUAACAUAACACGCAUAUACGGUUCUAGUCAAUUUGAAAAUCCGACUACCAACCCCAUACACCAUUGGAACGGCAUCUGACAACUAUCAUUCUCAGUGUGACAUGUCCUGAGGAACCAAUCUCAGUGGAAUGAUCGUUGACAAUCGAGCCUGCCCCAAUCCUGGAGUUCAUCUGCCCCGAGCUCUUAAAGGUAACCCUGGACAUCGGAUGGAAGGGUCCUGAGGAGACUCCCGUGAACACAAAUCCAAGAAUGAACAUUGAGUAUCCCAAGUAUUCACCAGCCCUUGAAGUAAUAUCAUCAGCCUCUUUCGCAACAACACUGGGAAAUUGCCAACCAACCUGGGUAAAUGACUGUACAUCCGUAUUACAUUCUGGACAGUGUCUUUCCGACGGGUCCGGUGAACGGUACCUAUUUGGCACAACUGGAGACUCC